AUGGACGCGUUCGCGUCCGAGGAUCGUUACAAUGAGUAUUCUUUGCAAGCUGACUAUAACGAGUACGGAGCGCGAGACGCUACGGGGAAUGAUUCGCAUGAGCAUUUUCACGAUGGUUACGCGUACGAGGGUAACGAUUAUGAUAAUUCAGGCUAUGACAAUCCUGCUGAUGAGCUGUACGGUGAUCAUCAUGACACGUACAAGGAGAGGGGACGGGGGCGACACAGGGAUAGUUAUAACGACGUGGAGUAUUUAAGAGACGAGGAGAGCGGAGAAGCGGAAGAGGAGGGAGACGACGUAGGGGUAUCCGGAGGAGAGGAGUUCAAUAACGGGGAUGGCGGGCUUCGGGUGAUAACCAGCAGUGAAGUCUGUAACGCGGACAACAGCUGUGCUGUUGUGGGGGAGGUUGUGGAUCCGAUAGAAGACGUUCCGAAGCCUAAUAACGAGUGGGACGACAUUCCAUUGGGUUACUCUAUCUCCACGCCGGUGGGAAACUACCCUAACCAACAUCCGGAUGCGCUAAGACAGAGCAUCUUCAAACGAGGACGUGGUGUACAGGUCUUGGACGAGAAGCAAUUAGAAGAGCAUAAGCAGCGGCAGGAGCAGCAACAGGAGCAGGAGCAGCAGCAGGGAGGGGGCUUACCAGGGGAGGAGCAUUUAGAUCCGUGGCUGAGAGGGCCUGUGAGAAAGGUCAACGCGUGGUUUGAAACAGCAGCAGUAGUGGAUCCUAACGUUGUUCCUCCUCUUCCUCUCCCUGCUCCUGCUGUUCCUGUCGCUCCUGCUGGUGGUGCUGCUGGCGGUGGUGGUGGUGCUGCUGCUGCUGCUGCUGCUGCUGCUGUUUCCGCAUAUAAUGAAGGUGUUAAUAUUGAGAGGAAUGAUGCUCCUGCUGACCUCAGCAGGGGUAUGGACGGUGGAGGUGCGAUCUGGGAGCAGCAGGAAGGUGAGUGUGACUACGAAUUCCGUGACAGAAACGAGGGCCAGGCAGGGGUGCGUGAGGCUGGGAAGCGAGGGUCUAGAGGGGGGAGUGGAGGUGAGGGAAGUGCUUAUAAAGGGCGGGAUGAUGGCGAUUUGUUCGGUGGGGAUGGUAGGGAUGCAGAGGGAUGGGAAGUGGUGGACGAGGGGCAGGAGGAAGAGGAGGGAGAGGAAGGUGUGGGAAGGGAGAAGGGCGGAGGAGAUGAGGAGGAGGAGGAGGAGGAAGUCGACGAGGAAGUGGGGGGAAGGAGAAGGACCGGGGAUUCAAAAGACGAUUCAUUUGAAAAUGGCGGAGUGUACUGUGGUGCUGUCUAUAACGAGCAUGAUGAGGAUGCUUAUGGCGGGUAUGGCGGGCAGGGGUUGGGGGUGGAUAGGAGAGGUGGGAGAAGGGGGUUUGGGGGAGUUGGAGAGGAGGGAGAGGAGGAGGAGGAGGAGGAGGAGGAGGAGGAGGAGGAGGAGGAGGAGGAGGAGGAGGAGGAGGAGGAGGAGGAGGAGGAGGAGGAGGAAGAGGAGGAAAGGGAGGAGGAAGAGGAGGAAAGGGAGGAGGAGGAUUUUAAUCAGCAAAGACAGUCUCAAAAGGAAACUGAUUCCCAGGGGUAUUCACAGGUGCAGGCGCAGGGGACCACACAGGGGCGUGCACUGGUAUCAGCGCGUGAUGGGAUGCGGGCGGUGGGAGGGGGAGGGGAGGAUGAGAAGGCACGAUGGGCAGAAAAAUGCGCUUCUCGGUUGAAGGAGUGGGAGAGAGAGGAGGAUGAGGAUGAUGAUGAGGAUGGCGUGGGGGAGGGGAGAGGGGACGGUGGAGAGAGGGGAGAGGAUGAAGAGGAGGAAGAGGAGGAAGAGGGGGAGGAGGAGGAGGAGGGGAAAGGGGGUGCGGACAUGUAUGGAGAAGACUACCGGUUUAAUAGAGAUGGGGAGAGUGGGUAUGGAGACAGGGGUCAUGAGGAAGAGGAGUAUGGGAAGGUGGAGCAUGGAGACGGGGAGUAUGAAGAGGGGGAGUAUGGAGAGCGGGAGCAUAGAGCAGGGGGGUAUGGUGAGGGGGGGUAUGGUGAGGGUGGUUAUGGAGAAGAGGGGCACAGAGAGGGGGAAUACGGAGGGGGGGGGCAUGGCAGGGACGGGUAUGCAAAUGGAGAGGGUGCAGGAGCCUGGCAGGAGGAGCACCAAGGGGAGGACGCAGGAGGGCAUAUGGGAGGGGCAGUGAGAGGGCAGAUGGGCGGGCAGAUGGGCGGGCAGAUGGGCGGGCAGAUGGGCGGGCAGAUGGAUGAUAUGUAUGGGUCGUUUGACGUGACUGGGGCUGCGUAUGGGGGGGGUUCUGGUCGGUACUCAUCGCAUGGGGAAGGGUCUUUUGAGGCGCCUCAAAAGUCGGGUUCUGGUCGAUAUUUAAUGCACGGGGAGGGUUCUGGUCGGUACUCGUUGCAUGGAGAAGGGCAGGAGGCAGUAGAGGAAGAGGAGGAGGAGCAAGAGUGCGACGAGUCGCAGGUGGCAGGUGCGGUAACCGCACGAGGCAUCGAUCUAGUUCCCACUGGGGGUGGUUGGUCAGAUGACGCAAGGGGAUCGGUUUUGCCUGCUCCCUCGCCCUCCACUCCCCUCGCUCGCCCUGCUGCCCGUUCCACUGCCCCUGCCACUCUCCAAUCCACUGCUGCUGGUUCUGCUGCCGCUGCUGGUACUGGUGCUGGUGCCAGUGGUGGUGCUGCUGCCGGUCCUGGUGCUGCUGCUGUGGGUGGGAAGAAGGUGGGUAAGGGUGAGAGACUAGGUCGGGUUGGUUCUGGUUCUGGUGGGGAUGGUGUGGGCAGUGGAGGGGAGAGUGAUAGUCGCAGUGCAAGGGGCACAAUGAGAGGUGGAGCAGGGAGGGGAGUGGGUGGAGGACGCGGAAGGGGGGGGGGAGGGGGUGUGGGGCGGACGCGGUUAGGGCAACGUUCGGAUGAUGAGGGGUGGGGGGUCGAACAGUCAGGGGUGGGGGGACGAGCAGAGGAGAGUGGGAGUGUGGGGGAAGGGGGCGGAUGGGGUGAGGGUGGCGGGUAUGAUCAGUAUGGGUACCAGCAGCAGCAGCAGCAGCAGCAGCAGCAGCAGGGGUUGGGAUUACAGGGAGCAGCAGCAGGCAAUGGUGGUGGUGGCGAGUGGCAUGAGCACGACUUCCAAACCAGACACGACCCAGAUACUGGGUUGGAAGAUGGAUAUGGGCAUGGGUAUGGCAACAGCGUUGAUCAAGACACUGGGUUCGGGGAUGGGUAUGGCAACAGCGUUGAUCAAGACCCUGGGUUCGGGGAUGGGUACGGGAAUGAUACCAGAGAUGCGUUUGGAGAUGGGUUUGGGGAUGAGUAUGAUGGAGAUGGGCACGGGGAUGGCUAUGACAAUGACCUCCACCCUCACUCCCAGCAGCCACAUUACUCUCAGCACCAGCAGCAGCAGCAGCAUCAGGUGCAGCAGCAGCAGCAGUCCUACUUGCAGGGCCAGCAGCAGGACUCCCAGCAAUCUUACUUUCAGCAGUCUUUCUCUCAGCAGCAGCAGUACUCAGAUGCUCUCAAUUCCUUCUCCCAGCCCUCUGACCCCUCAACCUCUUUCUCCCAGCAAUCUCCAAUCACGCCGCGACAUGUGGCUGCUAGAGGGGGGGUGAGUGGUGGGGGUGGUGAGGUUGGUGUGGGAGGAGCAGGGCCGAUGGGGAAGAGCGGACAAGCACAGGGUGGGCGGGAGGAGAGGAGGGGACGGAUACAGCGGCCUAUGGACGAUGGGGAGGAGAGGAGAGGAAGGCUUCAAAGACCAAUAGAGGAUGGGGAGGAGAGGAGAGGGCGUCUUCAGAGACCAAUGGAGGAUGGGGAGGAGGGAGGUAGGGGGAAGAGGUAUGGGGGUGAUGUUGCUCGCACCCCCAGGAAAGGGGUGGAAGUGAGAGGAGACGGGAGGGGAGAAGGGAGAGGGGGGGAAUGGAGAGGGGGAGAUGGACGGAAAGGGGAGGGACCGGAGGGGUAUGGCAAUCUAGCUCUGAAGAGGCAGCUGAGUUUGAAACUUGCUGUACCCACCACUCCCAGGGGAGAAGGGGGAAUGAUUGGCGGUGGGCCGAAGAGCGUGCGAGGGCGCAGUAAGAGCGGCGCGUGGGAGAUGGAGGAAAGCGGGAGGAGAAGAGGAGGAGGAGGGUCAGGAGGAGGAGGGGGGUGGGGAGUGGAGGGAGGGAGCGGUGGGAGUGGAAGGAGGGAGCGUUUAGACGAGUUUGAGGAUCCGUACGGUGGGACACAGGGACCGGGAGGAGGGGGGCGAGAGAGAAGGUCACGAGGGGGAGGGGCAGGAGGAGGAGCAGCAGAGAUGGUUCCAAAGACGCCCAGGGACCACAACCCCAAGACCCCCAGGGAUUAA